AAUUUAUCACACGUUCGGUUCAACUCCGAAAAAUCCUUCACACGCAUCACAAAGGUAUCGCAUUGUUAACGAAAUAUCUAGAAAAACAUUCUACAUAAGUCAGAGUUCCGCUUUCGACCUUAUAAUAUCAAGAGUUUCGGGCCACACAAGUCAGAGUUCGGCUGUUGUCGUUGUGAUAUCAAGUGAUUUUGCCCCAGGAAUCGGAGCAGUAAAGCAGUCCAGAGUUUGAAAGUUUCCUACAGACGCAUACAACAUGAAUUUGAGCAUCGAGACAGUCCACAUCGCUAACAGGGAUAGAAGGAUGUCGGCGGCUCAUCAAUCCACUUUCCUAAUGGCCAAGGAUUUAGGACGAAGGCGGUCAUCUGUCGACGUAUCACGUCACCAGAUAUCAGAUUCCUUGAUCACCACAGCAGUACCGACAUCCGUCAAAUUGCCUAAAUUGUCUCCGGUCAGACUUAGCAACCGACGUCACUCCGCUCCCUAUACAUUUCUAGGAAAUAUCACAACAUUACCAACACGUGCUCUAUCAGGUAUUGAUGCUGUCAAUGAAAACUUGUACGGUGUAAACACAAGAAAAUUCGCUCUGGAUAAAAGACGGGAAAGGUUCCGAAUCCAAGAAGAAAGGAGUCGAGCCGAUGCGAUAAUGCCACACAGACGAAAGACGUCCAUGCCUUCCAUUGACGAUAUUAUCCCAUCAAUUGGCAAAGCUUCUGGAAAUGUACCCCUGAACAGUCAGCGGAGGAUACUACAGAGAAACAACUCGGUAUACCUGAUAUAUAAAUACCUGGUAGAUACCAGGGAGAGUUUGUCUACAGAGGUUCAGCUGGAGAUAGAGAAACUAAAACACACCAACUCUUAGGGAACUAUCAUCGAGUGAAUGUUGUUCUAAACACAGUGUACUGUUUUGAUAAACACGGCAGUAUGGAUCCCGUCUUGUGACAGUUCUACUUUAUGUUGGGAUGUGAUGUCGUCUCGGGUCGGUUACAGUACGAUCCUACAUCCUUCAGUUGAAUAUCGCGGACCAGAAUAAAAUACCUCCGAUAUUUUAUAAAACUCGCCUGUAGUGGUUUUAUGACGGAAGUGAUACCCAUUAUUUGUUCCAAAUACAAUGACACUUAAUAUUUAAAUAACAUUGGAACGUACUGUUUGUUACAGAUUAGCUUAGAUGCAAUCACGGAAGAAAUAGAUUUACCGAAAUAAAAAAUAAAAAAUACACAAAAACGUGUCGGUGUAGUUUGUACAUAGUGUACAGUGUUAAUAGAUCUGAACUGAGGGAGCAAAGCUUGCUCGACAGUUUAACAGUUUU